GAGCCAGCCGGAGGUGGCAGCAGUUCCGGACGAACGGGAGGACGGUGCGUUUGGGCGCCUGAUGCAGGGCCCCCCCGUCCUCCUUCCGGGAGCAGACAAGGACAAGCGCAAGCGCAAAAAGGACUCGCAGGACUCCGGGGACAAGAAGCUGCAGGGCAAGGGAAAGUGGAGCUUCAGAGGCGCCGUGCCGCGGACGGGUGCGGGAUCGGGGAGCGGCAGUGGCGGACGCUUUUUCUGCAGCGAUCCCGCUCGCAACCACGGCCACGUGGUGUUCGGCGCGCGGCACGGAAAUCGACCGGUGGACGACCCCGGCGGCGCGCGGAAAGCCGGACUGUUCAGCUGGGAGGCGCUCCAGUCGGUGUGCCGCCUGGAUGCAGAGGCACUCCGCGCUCCGCCGAGCUUCCAGUCGCUCUGCGAGCGUGAGCAGCAGCGCGGGGCCAGCCCCUGCUGCGCGUCCUGGUCCAUCCCAAACUAUGUGGCCCUGCUGCACAACCGGUCGUCGUGCCUCCUCAUCACACCCGCCGACGUCACCGAGGUGUUCCAGCGGCUGGAGUCAUGCGCUCCACACUACCACAGCAUGAAGCUGAGCCACGACUGCACGACAGAUGCCCUGCUGUGCAGAGGGGUGCCACAGGAGUGCACCGAGUACAACGCUGUCUACAACAUCCUUCACUUCCUGGCAGACGCAGACUUUCUGGGGCCCCGAGCGACCACGCGGGGCGACGACGACGGCAAGCUCAACGGGACGUUCUUGCAGCGGGGAGGCGUGCUGUCGUACACCAACGUCUUCUUGCCCAUCGCGCAGAGCGUGACGGCCAUGCCGUACUUCAAGGAACUCGAGAGCGACGGGGCACUCUACGACAACGUCACCGAGGUGGUGGCCAUGGAGCUGGGGCUGAAGCACGCCCUCUUCGACGAAUACCUGGUGCACGACACCCUGUACGUGGCCCUGGCUGGGGCGGCGGUGCUCGCCGUGAUGUGGGCCUACACCCAGUCGUUCCUGGUCACCCUGGUCACCUGCCUGGCAGUGCUCUUCUCCCUGGGCACCGCCUAUUUCCUCUACACCACCGUGUACCGGGUGCCCUUCUUCCCCUUCAUGAACAUCCUCACCCUCACCAUCGCCAUCGGCAUAGGUGCAGACGAUGCAUUCCUCUACUGCAAGACUUGGGGCAGCGCCAAGGCGGAGAAGAACAAUGGGACGCUGGUGAAGCUGGUGCGCGAUACCCUGCACCACGCCUGCCUCUCGAUGCUCGUCACCAGUGUCACCACCGCGGCAGCCUUCUUCGCCAGCUUCAGCAGCUCCAUCACUGCCGUGCGCUGCUUCAGCCUGUUUGCGGGCACGGCGGUGCUGGCCAACUUCUUCUUCACGGUCACCUGGCUGCCCGCCGCGCUCAUUGUGGCCGAGAAGUGGUGCUCCUCGGCCUGCUGCCUGUGCGUGCCUCCCUUCGGCGUCUACCUGCCCCGUCUGGGCCGCUUCUGGUGCUGCUCCCCGCUCUGCGCCGCCUUCUGGCGCCUGCACCACAGCUGCUCCGAGGCGUCGCGCGUCUUCUUCGAUAAGCUUCUGCCAUGCGCCGUCAUCCGGCUCCGCUGGUUCUGGCUGGCGUCGCUGGCGGCGUUGGCCGCGGCCGGCGCGUUUGUGGUGCUCUGCCGGCCGCGACUCAGCCUCCCAGAGUCGAAGGAGUUCCAGGUGCUGAGCGCGGGACACCCGUUUGAGCGCUACGACCUUGAGCUCAAGAAGCGCUUCUGGUUCGAGAAGGCGCGCAACAAGGACCCGUUCCACAAGCUGCCCAUCCGUGUGGUCUGGGGCGUCCUUCCGGUGGACACGGGCAACUACCUGGACCCGUUCGACCGGGGCUCGCUGGAGCUGGACCCCACGUUCAACGUGGCCCGCCCGUCCUCCCAGGACUGGCUGCUCUCCUUCUGCAAGCGGCUGCGCUCUCAGUCCUUCCACCGGCCCACCCUGGGUGCGGCCCUCUACUCGGGCUGCUUCAUCGAGACCUUCAAGUCUUGGAUGGAGCGCCGCUGCGUCGACAGCUUCCAGCAGGCCGACCGCUCGCCCUGCUGCGAGUCCAGCCGCUUCCCCUACGCCGAGGACGUCUUCGGCCUGUGCCUGCGGCGCGCCAUCGCCAGCCUCCACCACACGCCGGGCUACUACUUUAUCCCCGGAGUGGCGGGCCCGCGGUUUCUCCGCGACGGACGCGUCGGUGCCGUGGUCCUGGAGUACGACUCGGUGUACACAUACUCCAACGCGCACGCAGACAUGGACGCGUUCCGGACGCGGGUGGACGGGUGGGUGAGCAGGGAGAUGCAGGGCGCCCCCGCGGGGAUGCGCAACGGCUGGUUCACGAGCGAGCUGGAGUUCUACGACCUGCAGGGCAGCCUGUCCCGCGGGACGCUGGUGGCGAUGGGGGUGGCGGUGAGUGUGUCGUUUGUGGCGCUGCUGGUGACGACGCUGAACCUGCUCGUCAGCCUGUACGCCAUCGUGACGAUCGCCUGCAUCAUCUUCACCACGGUCGGGGCGCUGGUGCUGCUGGGCUGGAAGCUGAACGUGCUCGAGAGCAUCACAGUGUCGGUGGCCAUCGGGCUGGCAGUGGACUUUACCAUCCACUACGGCGUCGCCUACAGGCUGUCUCCCCAGGAAGACCGCGAGUCCUCGGUGAUCCAGUCGCUGUCCCGCAUCGGCAGCCCCGUGGCCAUGGCGGCCUUCACGACCUUCCUCUCGGGCGCCCUCAUGUUUCCCUCGCUGGUGCUUGCUUACCUCCAAGUGGGCACGUUCCUCAUGCUCGUCACGGGCGUGUCCUGGACCUACGCCACCUUCUUCUUCCAGUCCCUGCUCAGCGUGGCCGGACCGCAGCGCGGGCGCUUCCAGCUCGACUACCCCUCGCUCCGAUGCUGCGACACCUCCGCCCCGCCGGCCGUCGACAAGACGGUCUACGCGCUCUCCGAGUCUACCCUAUCGACGUCCAGCGCCAGCUGCCCAGCGGUCUCGGCGCAGAUUCCGGCGAGCGAGAGUCACGAGCUGGAGCCGCUCACGCUGAGCGCCGUGCUGAACGGCGCGGCGGCCGUCAAGCGGUCGGGGAAGAAGAAGUUCCGGCAGCGGUCAGGUAGCCUCUCGGCGGCGGCCGCAGCGGCGGCGCGGACUCACGGGGCUCGCCGGAAAGUGAGCCUCCCCGUGGUGAGCGUGACGUUCCACGGCGACCCGAGUCCGCGCCACGUGUCGGGCGCCACGAGCUCUUCGACCAUCGUCUGCGGGGCAGACGAGGAUAACCGCGACGAUCCUGUUGUGUAGAAGGGAGAGGGUACUUCCCUGUUCCCGACUCCUUGUCCUUCGGGGCAUUUGUCGACGUGUUUUUGGCGAGACGCUUUGUUAAGGCUGGUUAAGGGAGGGCGCUACCCAAAGGGGUCAACGUUUGAACUUAAUGACCUUUGCAGUAUAUACUGGCACUUGUGAGGCAGAAUGCUGUGCGAAGUUUCAUCUGUGUACAUGAAUUGUGAAAGAAAUUAUAGUUGUACAUUGAUUAGGAGAACUAUCGUUAAAAAACUAAUGUAAUACACAACUUUUAUUUUUUUUUUUUUCGCUAUACGUGCUUUAGAAUGCCUGGAGAGUGCAACUGUUAAAACUAAAUUUCCAAGAAGUUAUUUAUUUUAGCUAACAUUGCGCUAAAAAAUCAAAUACAUUUUUUGCUCUUUAUGUCAUCGACCAAAUCUUAAAGGGGCCCUCCGAAGCGUUCUGCGAUGGUCUAUUUAUGGCGG